AUGUCCAACGAAUUUAGCGAAUUGAUCGCCCUCAGCUGCCCCGACCUACACUCGAAUAACGCCAACGGUAAUGCUGGGACCGGUGGUGGCCAAAUUCAUGUUGUCGAUGUGCAACGUCGCCUGAGCGUGAAACAGAUGACGGCCACUGAGCUGGCCGCUAUACGCGCUGCAGCCGCAGCUGAAAUCAAAACUGUGCUCGCCUCCGCUGUGGCUACCUCAUCGGUAUCGGCACCCGCAACACCAGCAGUUGCCAUGCCAUCAGGCUUAAUGUCGCUCAACACUGGUAGCAGCAGCAGCUUAAUUGAUAACACAACACCUCGCAACACCGCCGCCGCCGUGGUGGAUACGAAGCAAUCUAUGCCUAAGCUACGUGUCAUCUCCAAUUCGCGCUCGCCACCAAGUGAUGUGCCCCUAACACCAUCGUCACCUGGCAUGCCACACUCGCAAUCUCCGCGCGCCUACGAGAGCAAUAUGUCACCGCCGAGAGAUGUGCGCCUCUUGCCGCACUCGCCCCCACCACGCGAACGUGUCGCGUCGCUGCCGAAUGUGCUCGAUGACGGCAUGGAAGAGCAAUUAUUGUCACUUGGUAGCGAUAGCAGUGGGGCGAAUGUCGUCGGUAAUGUACGCCGCUCGACAACCAAAACGAAUUCACCAAAACCGCAAUUGGAGCUUCAUUCAGUUGAUAAUCUGUCGAAAGGUCGCGGUGCGGUCAGUGACGAAGAAGAGUCGCGCAAACGUUCUACUUCUAAAUCGUCCACUGAAGAAUAUGAAACCCAACAAAAUCAUCAUAAGAUUGCAGAUUCGAUCGAAUUACUGCGUAUGCACCGACGUCAGCGUGAUUUGGAUGUUGCACGCGAAACAGAACCAGAGCGUUCGCUGUCGCCCGUCUCGCCUGGCGCACCAGCUAUGUUGUCAAACGAGUUGUCCCGCUUACACCGUGAACGCAGUGCGGCACCAGACCGUCUGCACAGUUCGAGUUUGAGUAGCAUUGGUUCAGCGCUUUCGGCUUCUGCCAGCGUUUCGGUUUCGAUGAAUGCCAGUAAAAAUCCCAGUAGACGUGGCAGCGCCGCUAGCACAACUGAGGAGAUGUCAACAACUGUUGUAGCAUCGCUACCCUCAGCACCGUUCUUUCCACUUGCGAAAACGACUUCAACGCCGAAUAUGGAGCGACGUAGAAGUAGUUUGUCGGCGCUUUUCCCAGGACCCUCGCCUCUAGUGGCACCUGAGCCCGUAUUGCACACUAAUCCCAUUCCGCCGAAGGGGGCUGAAGAGGAUGAACUCACGGCUGCUGAUGUAGACAAAAUAGUUGAUGAUGACGUGAGACGUGAAAUACCCAGUGGCAAGAUGGUGCAUCGCACCAAGACACCACCGCCAGUCGGUGUCAAAUUGGGUGUAAAUCUCAAAAAGGUGUCGCCACCGAAGUCACUGAUUGGCAUCAAGAAGAAUGAAGCGCCAAUGUUAGGGGUGGUGCUGCGUCGCGUCGAAAAGAAGGUCGUGCCACAGAAGAGUAUACUCGAUGACGAUAAGCCGCUCUACCACUUUUCGAUUGUGCGCAGCGAGAAAAAGGAACAGAAACCGGCCGCGGCUGCGCCUAAACCCAAGCCGAAGCCUACAAUUGGACUACAGAAAUCAGCAACCACAGCUGCGGUGCCGCCAAAGCCAAAUCCGGGCGGCAUACUUACAGGACCACAAGGUGGGGCUGUGCGUACCGCACAUCCGGUGGUGCAGCGACCACCGCCAAAUCAACGUCCACAACUUGGCGUGCCGAUUACCAUACAAAAGAUCGAAGGCGAUAAAAUCAUUAUCAUUAAGAAGUUUGUUAUUCCAAAGAAUGGUAAAAUACCGGAGCAGUAUCUGAAGGUUGGUUGGUCGUUCGUGUGUUGGUUUUGGUUUAUGUGUUGGCAUUUUGAGUUGUGUCGUUAA